GGAUAAUUUGGGUUGAGAGAAUCCAACCAAACAUAGUGUCUUUAGCACGCCGAAUUUGACCGAAUGAAAGCCAGCUGUUAGUUAGUUAUAAAUGAAGAAGACUAAUAUACAGUUCUUUGGAUUUGUGGAGAGCCAAACAACCUAGAAACCUGCUUCUGGAUUUCACGCACAUGAUAUAAUGGUAAAAACCUGUCUAUUUGUUUGGUGAGAUCUGUGAGAGUGAAAAUGCAGUCGAAUUGACUGCACAAACAAAGCAAAACGACAAUAAGGUCAUUAUCACUACCGAAUAAUCUUUCUCUCCAUUAUUGUAUUUUCAUUUUGUCUCUAUCUCUUUCAAAUUCAACACUCAGAAUUUGACAAUGGAGGAGAAGGAAGAACACUUUAUAGAAGGUGCCGUUGCUUCGCACAACGACUCCAAAUUGUUCGACGAUGAUGACCGUCUUAAACGAACAGGUACGGUUUGGACAACGAGUUCGCACAUAAUAACAGCAGUGGUAGGAUCAGGAGUGUUGUCGUUGGCAUGGGCUAUAGCUCAACUGGGUUGGGUAAUUGGUCCUUCCGUCAUGCUUUUCUUCAGUCUCAUCACUUGGUAUACUUCAUCACUCUUAGCUGAAUGUUAUCGAAUUGGAGAUCCUCAUUCCGGAAAAAGAAACUAUACUUUCAUGGAAGCUGUUCACACCAUUCUCGGGGGUUUCAAUGACACCCUUUGUGGGAUAGUUCAGUACUCCAAUCUUUAUGGAACUGCAAUAGGAUACACAAUUGCUGCUGCCAUUAGUAUGAUGGCAAUAAAAAGGUCUGGCUGUUUCCAUUCCUCAGGAGGAAAAGAUGGAUGUCACAUUUCAAGCAAUCCAUAUAUGAUAAGUUUUGGAGUAAUCCAAAUUUUCUUUUCUCAAAUUCCAGAUUUUCAUAAAAUGUGGUGGCUCUCCAUUGUUGCCGCAAUCAUGUCUUUCACCUACUCCUUGAUUGGCCUUGGUCUCGCAAUCGCCAAAGUUGCAGAAAAUGGUUCCUUCAAAGGUAGUCUCACAGGAGUAACCAUUGGAAUGGUGACAGAAGCCCAAAAAGUAUGGGGAGUUUUCCAAGCUCUUGGCAACAUAGCUUUCGCGUAUUCAUAUUCUCAAAUUCUCAUCGAAAUUCAGGAUACCAUAAAAAAUCCACCUUCUGAGGUAAAAACAAUGAAGCAAGCCACGAGGAUAAGUAUAGGCGUGACGACGAUAUUUUAUAUGCUUUGCGGCGGCAUGGGCUAUGCUGCAUUUGGAGACACAUCGCCAGGAAACUUACUCACUGGAUUUGGUUUCUACAAUCCAUAUUGGCUCAUUGAUAUUGCUAAUGCCGCAAUUGUAAUUCAUCUUGUUGGAGCAUACCAAGUUUACGCGCAACCCUUAUUCGCUUUCGUCGAGAAAAUAAUGAUAAAAAGAUGGCCUAAAAUAAACAAGGAAUACAUAGUUACAAUUCCUGGUUUUCAUCCUUACCAUCUAAAUCUAUUUCGAUUAAUUUGGAGGACUAUAUUUGUGAUAACAACAACAGUUAUAUCAAUGUUGAUUCCUUUCUUCAACGAUGUUUUGGGAUUAAUUGGAGCAGUUGGGUUUUGGCCUUUAACAGUUUAUUUUCCAGUGGAGAUGUAUAUCAAGCAGAAGAAGAUUCCAAAAUGGAAUUAUAAAUGGAUUUGUAUGCAAACUUUAAGUGUUAUAUGUUUUGUAGUAUCAGUUGUGGCUACUGUUGGAUCAGUGGCAAGUAUUGUGCUUGAUCUAAAGAAAUACAAACCAUUCACAACUGAUUAUUGAAAUCCUCUCAACUUUUACUGUCUUCUUAAGGAUGUAAAAAGGAACUUUGGGUAGUGAUUUAUGUGGUUUUUGUAUCAUUAUCUAUUGAAUAACAAUAGUGCUAGUUAAAUA